AGCGGCCGCCAUCGAGGAACACUCUGGUUCCACUCCGGUGGCACUUCCGUCAGUGGAUUCACAGAGUUAGGGGAGAAAGCUGGCGCUCCGUCCAAUUUUGUAUCAUCGAUUUUCGAGACUUCAUCUGCAACCUGCAAAGUUUCAGUAGAGCUAGAGUUCGCCGUUGGUCGGACGACUACGAGCAGAAAAAAGUGGUUCUUUUGAAGCUUCUUCGGCGGGACGAGGUUUGGGUUCCUUCUGCGCUUACAAUCUGAUCUUUUCUAGGCGUCGCGGCUUCAAUCUUCCAUGGUAAUUUUUAUAUUAGAAAGGGAGUGAUUGAUUUGGGGGCGGCGAUGGAAAAUCAAUGAUGCACAGAACUACGUCGAAGGAACCCCAAUCGGAACUCCUCCGCACACAACUACAUAUGAGCUCCGGCCUUUCCCGGUUCCAGUCAGCUCCGAGCGCGUUUCUCGGAGACAUCUUCGACGAGUUGUUUCCUCUUCCGCCCGAGACUGAUACCAUGUUCCCCAGAUUCUCGACCACAAACCUCUCAGAUAAUCACUCUUCGGGCAGCGGUCAGUUCCGGCCGCCAGAUUCGUCGGAGUUGCCCAGCUCCCGUCAUAACUUUAUAUCUCCCUCAGCUACGCCGCCGACGUUUUCUGAACAUCAGAUUGAAAACAUCAGGAACUCGUCCAAUCUCACUCGCCAAGUGAGCUCUCCUGCUGCCGCCUUAUCUUCCUACUUGAAUGCAGAUAAUGGCUACGCUAUGAUGAGCAGUUCAAACAGUUACAGAAACAAGGAUCUUCCUUCAAUCAGUUGCUCACAGAGGCAAAACUCUCUCAUGUCUCAGAUUUCUGAGAUCGGAAGCAAAGGAAGUGGCCAUGGCAGUGAAUCAGAGACUCAGAUGAGCUUGCCGAAGAACUUUGCAACUGACAGAUUCCUACAGUUCGAGGAUGCAGUUCCUUGCAGGGUUCGAGCUAAACGAGGUUGCGCUACUCACCCACGGAGCAUCGCUGAGAGGGUGAGGAGGAAUAAAAUUAGUGAAAGAAUUAAAAAGUUGCAGGAACUUGUUCCUAACAUGGAUAAGCAAACCAACACUGCCGAUAUGCUCGAUUUAGCAGUCGUUUACAUCAAAAAUCUACAGAAACAAGUCAAGAUGCUUACAGAAGAGCAGGCAAACUGCACCUGCUCAUCUAGCAAGAAGAGGAAGUACCCGAGCAAUGGAGUGGCCGAGUGCUGUAAAAUAUGAAAUGCUGGUGAUUGGUCAUAGUAUCAGUUCUGUGAGAUAAAUUUUAACUGGAGGAAGAAAAGCAAUGUACACAGACAAAAAAGUCACAAUCUUGCUCGGUUUCUGUGAGUUUGUGUGUGGAGUUGUUUUUACCCAAGUAGAUUUGAUCAAUUAUUGGAAUAAGCAUUAAGCUUCAUACUGAGGUUAUUAUCAUUGAUAAACAGUGUUACUCUGGUCUAAAGAGACAAACUUAUGGCAUGUUCCUCCAUUUGCAUGGAUCGGACAAGAUUAGCUCUGUUCUGAUUUUCAAGGACUCUUCAAACCAGGAAACAAUGUCUUGUGAGGAAGGCAGCUGUAUCCAACAAAGAGAAAAAGGCAUCUCCACUGUUGAAAGGCCAUUUUUGAACAGAAGGUUGCAUUGGCAUUGCCUGGGUUAAAUUCAGUGAGCAGGUGGAGGAGAAAGUGAAGAAGCUGGCGUGGUCAGUGGGAGGAUUGUGAUCCAGUGUAAUCACCACAGGACAUUGGUCCAUGGUAGUGCCAUCACUAAUUGAAGUUGGUUACUACCAGUAGUUUGAGUUUGAUCAUCAAAUCAUUAUCAGACUGCCAAACUUCACGGGCAAGCCUCUCUCCAUUGAUCACCAUUAAAAUAUGGUUGAACUUCGAACAUGUUGGAUUUGACCUUCAAGCUACCAUUGAUCAUCAUCUGAUACUAUUAGACCGCCACUGAUCAUGGCCACACUAUGAUGGUAGUAUAGUAUUUCAAAUUGAGUAAGAAAGGUUGAAGAAGGAUCCAUAUGAAUGUUUUCCUUCCAUGAACAUUCUCCAUUUUCAAGGAGACAACUUUAAUGACUUAUUUUUUUCUUCAGCUCUUUCUUUUUCUUCUCCUUUCUCAAGGACUCACAAACACUGAACAUCCAUAUGUAAUUACCUUGCAAUAUCAAGAAGAGUUAUUUUUUUCCA